UUUUUCUUUUUUUUUUAUCACAUUUUUUUUUUAUUAUUAUUAUAUAUUAUAUAAAGGAUGUUUAGUUCUGGUGGUGCCACUAAACAAGUGUACCUGGUGUCCUUGUUCUCUGCUAUUGGUGGAUUCUGUUUUGGUUAUGACACUGGUGUCAUUUCUGGUAUUCUCCAAAUGGAUCCUUUUAAAAUGGAAAUGAAUGGUACUACUUCUCUUUCUCCAUUGGAACAAGGUACCAUCACUGGUUUAUUACUGGCUGGUUGUUUUGUGGGUUCCUUAUUAGCUAGUCCUUGCUCUGAAGCUUUCUCUCGUAAGAGAAGUAUCUUCUUAUCUUGUAUCGUUUUUAUUAUUGGUGCUGCUGUUCAAACUGGUACUAAUGGUUAUGCCUCCAUGGUUGUGGGUAGAGCUAUUGCUGGUUUAGGUAUUGGUGGACUUUCUAUGAUUGUACCCCUCUACAUUUCAGAAUUAGCUCCCAAGGAAAUUCGUGGUCGUUUAAUUUCAUUCCAACAAUUCACUAUUACUGUUGGUCUCAUGUUAGCCUUCUGGGUAGGUGCUGGUACUCAAAUGCAUUUCAAUAAUCAAGCUGCUUUCCGUAUUCCUCUUGGUAUUCAAAUUGUACCUGCUCUUAUUUUAUUGGUUGGUGUCUUAUUCUUACCCUAUUCUCCUCGAUGGUUGGCUAAUAAGGGGCGUUAUGAUGAAUGUUUGGAAGUUUUAGCCUACUUGCGUUCUCAUGGUGACAAGACUAAUCCUGCUGUGGUUGCUGAAUUUGAAGAAAUCAAGAACGAAAUUGAAUUGGAAAAGCAAGUGGCUGUUACUAGUUAUGUCGGUUUAUUCAAGGGAUCUGUACGUCGUCGUCUCAUUCUCGGUAUCAUGGUUCAAAUCUUCCAACAAUUUACUGGUAUCAACUCCAUUAUGUACUAUGCUCCUACUAUUUUCCAACAAGCUGGUAUCAGUGGUGUCUCUGCUAGUUUGAUUGCAUCUGGUGUCAAUGGUGUCCUUAACAUGUUCGCUACUGUUCCUGCUAUCUUGUUCUUGGAUCGAUUGGGUCGUCGUAAGGUGAUGAUGAUUGGUGCUAUUGUUAUGGGUACUGCUAUGUUGCUUUGUGGUAUUGUCAUGGCUGCUACUGGCAAGGUCUCUUACAACCCAGCCUCUGGUGUUAAUGAAGUCUAUAUGGGUGGCAACCUCAGUGCCUCUUACUUCUGUAUUGUUAUGAUCUAUAUCUUUGUAGCCGGUUUUGCUGCCUCAUGGGGUCCCUGUGGUUGGGUGUAUCCUGCUGAAAUCUAUCCUAUGUCUGUCCGUUCAAAGGGUACUUCCAUCACUACUGCUGCCAAUUGGUUGUUCAACUUUGUCAUUUCUGAAAUCUGUCCUGUGAUGUUGGCUAGUAUCACUUGGGGUACCUAUAUCUUCUUUGGCUGUUGUUGUUUUGUCAUGACUGUCUCUAUCUUCCUUUUCUUCCCUGAAACCAAGGGUCGCUCUUUGGAAGAAAUGGAUCAAGUAUUUGGUGGUGGUAUCUUGGCUUUCCGUGAUCUCCGUGCUGAUACUACUCCUGUUGUCUCUGAUCGAGAAAAGGGUUCUAUUGACAAGAUGGAUAUGUAAAACCACAUAUAUCAAAGUCCCCCCCU